CUCUCUAGGCGCCGGCCGGAAGAGGCCGGGGCGUUGCUGGCGGCGGGCCGCACCAUGGCGGGGACGGCGCUCAAGCGGCUCAUGGCUGAGUACAAGCAACUGACCUUGAAUCCACCAGAAGGGAUAGUAGCAGGUCCUAUGAACGAAGAGAACUUCUUUGAGUGGGAAGCUCUGAUUAUGGGUCCUGAAGACACCUGUUUUGAGUAUGGUGUUUUCCCUGCUAUUCUGAGUUUUCCACUCGACUAUCCGCUAAGUCCUCCGAAGAUGAGGUUCACGUGUGAGAUGUUCCAUCCAAACAUUUACCCAGAUGGGAGAGUUUGUAUCUCUAUUCUUCAUGCUCCUGGUGACGAUCCCAUGGGAUAUGAGAGCAGCGCUGAGCGAUGGAGUCCUGUGCAGAGCGUUGAAAAGAUCCUAUUGUCAGUCGUUAGCAUGCUGGCAGAGCCAAACGAUGAAAGUGGAGCCAAUGUAGAUGCCUCCAAGAUGUGGCGAGAAGACAGAGAACAAUUUAACAAAAUUGCCAAGCAGAUUGUGCAGAAGUCACUUGGACUUUAAGCUCCCAAAGAGACUGCAGUGUUUUGUAUUUCUCUCCACCUGAGAAAGAGCAGUGCUCAGUGCUGGUACCAAAAAGGCAAACUUCGCAAAACUAUUGGCCUACUUCUUGUUCAUCUUGUAUUUACCAUCUUCUUUUCUGCUGCCACUGCUCCAGAGAAGGCUCUAGUUCACUCGCUAAAUUGUGUGGCAAAGGGAUUUUUUACUAGGAAAAAAUAUGAGAGCAAUCCUGUUUCAAAGGCUGUGCGUUGCUACCUCACUUCGUGGUAUGGGAAGCUUGGAGACUUUGCAAUCUAGAGCCUGCUUUGGUCAGUCUGCUGUUUGAGAGCAGAACUGUUUUAGAUCAUCUGCUGGCAGAAUUAAUUUUACAUUUGUAUAGGCAACAUUGCAUCUAGAGCACGGGUAGGCAGAAAAUAAUUCUAUAAAUUUUAUGAUACUGGGAAAGUUAGAGAUGGCAUUUGCAGUCAGAACUUCUUUGAAGAGUUAGGUUAGCAAUAGAGGCUGUAAAACAAGGAUAUAAUCAGAAUGAUUUAGUGUAGAAAGUGAUUUUUGCACCGUGUAAUUUUAAGAGAAGAUCUAGGUAGUCAUUGCCAAUGACUUGCUAGUGGUCUAGAAUAGGCUUAUCUUCCCAUAUUACACUGUGAAUCCGUAUUGAGCCUUAGUCAGUGUUUGCUUAAAAGUUCCCAAACCUGCUGUGUUAUUCCAUAAAGACACUCAGUAUAACCUUGGGUUGAAAGUGCAAUACGAAGUCUGGAUUCUUAAAACACUUUGGUCGUGUUCACCGUGGACUAGGUCAUCUGCAUCCUGAAAAUCUAGUGAGAAAGUGUUCACACUUUUGGGGAUGUAAAAUGUUCUCAACAUCCUGUGGAGAUAUCUAGGCACCGAUAGCCUUUGCCAUUAGAGCCCAGAUCACCCUUUUUUUCAGGUGAAUGAGCAAAGACUAGCUUGUUGGAUUUUUAAUUAACCAUAACACACUUUGACGACUACUCGUGUGUAUUUAACUUGGAGUCGGAAAAAAAAUCCAAAUUCUGCUUUUUAGAGCAUGAAAAGAUGCACAUUUAAAACUGCAGAAUGCUGCAGCCAGCUUCUGAUGUGGAGGGUGUAGGAUGGUGAGACAUACCAGCUGCAGUGGUCAGUUUGUAAAAACCGCUUCAAGGCUGCUGGUGACCUUUGUGCUUUGCAAGCGAAAUCUUUCGUCUGGGUCCCAGUCUUCCCCAGUGCAUUGCAAGCAAUGACGUGCACGCCAAUAGCACAUGGAGUCAAACUUUGUUGGCUACUUGAAACAAGCUAAAUUUGAGAAGGGCUUUCUCUUUCAAUGAGAAGCAUGCGAAGGAGUCAUUCUGUGGAGAAAGUUUUAUGGAGGUGUUCAUGUGCACGUGCGUGUGCAGAACUUACCAGUAUUUGAUGGCUUACUCUCCGUGCUGCGUAUUCCUGUGCUGCAGAUCAUAUACCACCUUACGGUAUCCCUGAAGAGUUUGUGUUGCUCUAACUUGCUGAGUUUACCUCGAUGUGCAAGUAAUUCUAGCUUUGGUGCAAGAGGCAGGGUGGGGGAGACCCGACAUAAUUUGGGAGCAGAAAGAUUCUGAAAUAGUAUUGUACCGAACUAGUAUUUCAAGGCAUACAGGAAAAUAUAGCAUUUAUAUGCAAACUGAGAACGUUUCUGAACUGGAGUAGAUGGUGCAUAGCUCGUGGGAGCACUACAGCCUCUUUUGGAAGCAAUGCUGGGAGAGGUCUGUAUGCCACAUGGCUUAUAAUCGAUUAAGCAAACAUGGCGAAACUGGGCUUUUUUUUUAAGUGCGGAGUGUUUUAUUCAUGUAUGCUCACUCAUCCUUAUUUUAUGGUGGGAUUUAGUCUGUAUAAGGAAAAUAAAGAGAUUAUAUUUUCUCCUUUUGUAA